CAGAAAGAAGAAAAAACUCUGCAGAAGGCUGAGAAGAAAGCCUUGAGAAAGAGAACUGAAUCCUUUCCUUAACCCUUACGCCUUCAUUACACCGUUCCUCUCUCUCUCUCUCUCUGCUAAUAUUAACUCUCCCUCUCUUCCCUAUAUUUUUUCUCUCCCCACCUCUCACUUCUCAUAAAAACCUCUGUUUUCUAUGCAUUUAAAACCCUCAGUCUCGCACACGCUCGACCUCUGAUUCUCUUCUCUUUCACUCUAUUCUCAUCAAACUUCACCAGAAGAACCCUUCGUUUCUCUUUAAAUUACCAUUCUCCGAGAGGGUAAAAACAGAGCAAAAACAGAGUCAUUGUAGGUGCAGGAAACAGAAGAACUAAUCUUUUUUAGUUUCUUUCACUUUCUUCUUGUUUUUCUAGGAUUUUCAACAUGGAUUCUUGUAAAGAGCAAGAACAACAAGGGUUUAACCAAGCAAAGUUCGUUAAGGUUCUUGGACCUAUCAUCGUAGGUGCAGGACCAUCUGGUUUAGCAGUUGCAGCUUGCCUUUCCCAACAAGGAGUCCCUUCUCUAAUUCUUGAAAAAAAUGACUGCAUAGCUUCUCUCUGGCAACAAAAAACCUACGAUCGCUUAAAACUUCACCUUCCUAAACAGUUUUGUGAACUCCCACUUCGUGGUUUCCCUGAUGAUUUCCCCAAGUACCCUACAAAAGGCCAAUUCAUUUCUUACAUGGAGUCUUAUGCUUCGCAUUUCAGAAUCCAGCCUAAAUUCAACCAAGCCGUAAAAACGACAGAAUUUGACCACGGGGUCUGGAGGGUGCAAACUGAAGACCUUGAGUACCAUUCUAGGUGGCUUAUUGUUGCUACUGGCGAGAAUGCUGAGCCUGUUAUACCUGAUAUAGCUGGUUAUGACAAGUUUAAAGGUAAUAUUCUACAUACAAGUGAGUACAAGUCUGGUUCUAAGUUCAAGAACCAAAGGGUCUUGGUUGUUGGGUGUGGCAACUCAGGGAUGGAAGUUAGCUUAGACCUUUGUAGGCACAAUGCAAUCCCUUACAUGGUUGUUAGAAACACAGUGCAUGUUCUACCCAGAGAGAUGUUUGGCAUGUCAACAUUUGGAAUAGCCAUGGCACUUUUGAAGUGGUUACCUUUAAGAUUGGUGGACAAAUUUCUACUUCUGGUAGCAAAUCUCAUCUUGGGCAACACAGACCAAUUAGGCCUCAAACGACCAAAAACAGGCCCGAUUGAGCUCAAGAAUGUCACUGGAAAGACACCAGUGUUAGAUGUUGGUGCGUUAUCACAAAUCAAGUCUGGCAAAAUUAAGGUGAUGGAAGGUGUGAAGGAGGUAACAAAAAAUGGAGUCAAAUUCAUGAAUGGACAAGAAAAGAAGUUCGAGUCUAUAAUCUUAGCAACUGGGUACAAAAGCAAUGUGCCUACUUGGCUCAAGGGAUGUGAUUUUUUCACAAAAGACGGGAUGCCCAAAACACCCUUUCCUAACGGCUGGAAAGGCGAAAAUGGACUGUACGCAGUUGGUUUCACAAGAAGAGGUCUCUUAGGAACAGCCUCUGAUGCUGUGAAAAUUGCACAGGACAUUGGUGAUCAAUGGAAGACAAUCAAGGGAAACGAUAAAUCUUGCAAUUCCCAUGUUAUCAUACUUGGAAAACCAUGGUGAGGCAGAUAAAGACGAGAAAGGGGAGAAAAUUUGGGGUAGAUUUUCUUAGGUUAAGUUUUUAGAUGGGAGAUUGAUUAAUUGUUCACUUGAUGAGGACUAGUUUUCAAAUUUUCCCUUUUCUUUCUUGUACAUUCGCCAAUUUUGUAUGGGAGGUUCAUCUCCCACUUCUCUUGUAUCUUUCUAAACUCUGUACAAAAUAAUUUCCAAGUAGAGUGUAUCUUGAAUUCCAAAAAUAUUGUGACA